UCAAUCUUUCCCUCUCCUCGAACAAAAAUAAACGCAGAGAAGAAACUCAAAAAUCCAAAACGACAACGUUUCAUAUAGCAACGAUGCUUUCUUCAUCUCCAACUUCCUUUGCUCAUCCGUUUCUCUCUUCAUCUCCGCCUCUCUCUCCGAUAUCUCCGCCGUCUCGCACGGCUCGGAUCUCGCCACCUCUCGUCUCCGCCUCUUGCUCAUACACCUGCGCGGAGGAUUCGCCAAGAUUGCAUCAGAUCCCGCGGCGGUUGACGACGGCGCCAGCUUCGCUUUACGAGAUUCUUGAGGUUCCUUUAGGAGCGACGAGCCAAGAUAUCAAAUCGGCUUACCGGAGAUUAGCCAGGAUCUGCCAUCCAGACGUGGCGGGAACUGAUCGGACUUCUUCAUCGGCGGAUGAAUUCAUGAAGAUCCACGCCGCUUACUGUACGCUUUCGGAUCCUGAGAAACGCUCUGUUUAUGAUCGGAGGAUGUUGCGACGGAGCCGUCCUUUGACCGUUGGUACCUCCGGGCUCGGUAGUUACGUCGGACGGAACUGGGAAACCGAUCAGUGCUGGUAGUGAGUUGACUCGGUGAACGAGUUAGACCGAGUUAAUUAGUGUAAAUACGAAGCCGUAAAAGCUGGGCUCGACGUUGUAAUUAUUAAUAUAGUAUAGUAAGCUAA